AUGGCCUCACCAAAAUACAACCCAGAUUUCCCAGGAGACGUCAGGAUCUCAGAUACGUAUCCUCGGCCACCGCUUCGAAUAGCAGCUCCGGCCGCCGUAUCCUUCAAGGUAGAGCAGCCGGACUCGGCAGACAGCAAGCUAGCGCACUCUGGAGGAAAUAUUCCCCCGCCGCUUCCCCCUCCGACGAUGAAGCGUUCCUCCACCAAGGACCGCCACACCAAGGUGGAGGGGCGCGGCCGGAGGAUACGGAUGCCGGCGACCUGCGCCGCCAGGGUCUUCCAGCUGACCCGCGAACUCGGCCACAAGUCCGACGGCGAGACCAUCCGCUGGCUGCUCGAGCAGGCCGAGCCCGCCAUCAUCGCCGCCACCGGCACUGGCACCGUCCCCGCCAUCGCCACGUCGGUCAACGGGACCCUCAAGAUCCCCACCUCCGCCGCCGCUAGCACCCCCGCGCCCGCCGCCGCGUCCUUCUCCACCUCCGCCGUCUCCGACGACGACCCGGCGACCCGCAAGCGCAAGCUCAUCGACGUGAACGCGGCCGUUUCUCACGCGCCACCCCCAUCAACCGCCGCCCGCGGCGGCAAUUACUUCUCCAUGGCGACCGGUAAUAACUCCGCCAUUAUCUCCGGCAACAACGCCACUGUCACGGCUCCGUUAAUGUCGGUGGUCCCCAUCCCCGCCAUGUGGGCCAUCCCGGCCGCCGUGACGUCGUCGAGCCCAAACGCGCCCCCGACGCCGACGUUCCUCAUCAUCCCGACGAACCAUAACACGCAGGUCCUGGCCAUCCAGCCGGCGGCCCUGAGCGGGGCGGCGCCGGCGGUGGUCAACUUUCCCUUCGCCGCCGCUGCGGCCAUGCAGCAGCCCUCCGUCAGCGGCGUCACCGUCGCGCAGCACGUGACCCAGAUCAACAUGCAGUCGUUUCAGAGCUCGAGCUCCGGCGUGUUCAUGGCCGACCGGCCGAGCUCGAGCAGCAACCAGCAGGCGACGGCCAAGACUCACAUGCUUUCCUGGGAAAUCCACGACAAGAAAACCGUGUCGGCGAAGAGAAUUAACUGA